CGCUGCGCUCCGCCCUUUCUGACGUUCCGCUUGCAACUAUGUCGGCGGCCGCGCGCAGACGUCAGGCUGCUGGCGUGAAAGGAGAAGCCCCCACCGCAGCUACAGUAGCAGUAGUCCCAGCUCGCGGAGAUGAGGAGCCGGGCAUGGCGGCGGCCCCGAGCCUCACUGUCUGCCUCAAGCUGCUGGCGGCGGCAUUCUACGGCUUCAGCUCUUUCCUCAUCGUGGUGGUGAACAAGAGCGUCCUCACCAGCUACGGAUUUCCUUCCUCGCUGUGUGUGGGACUGGGCCAGAUGUUGGCUACAGUAGUUGUCCUCUGGGUGGGAAGGGCUCUCAGGGUGGUGAAGUUUCCAGACUUUGACAGAAAUAUACCUCGAAAGACAUUUCCACUACCUCUUCUCUAUUUUGGGAACCAAAUCACAGGACUGUUCAGCACAAAGAAACUGAACCUGCCAAUGUUUACAGUCCUGAGACGGUUUUCCAUUCUGUUUACAAUGUUUGCAGAAGGAAUCUUACUCAAGAAGAAAUUUUCUUGGGGAAUUCAGAUGACAGUAUUUGCAAUGAUAAUUGGUGCAUUUGUAGCUGCAAGUUCUGAUUUGGCAUUUGAUCUAGAAGGUUACGUUUUCAUUUUGAUCAAUGAUGUCUUGACAGCUGCAAAUGGUGCAUAUGUAAAACAGAAAUUAGAUUCAAAGGAGCUGGGAAAAUAUGGCCUCCUUUAUUACAAUGCACUGUUCAUGAUUUUUCCUACCUUGGCCAUUGCCUAUUUUACAGGAGAUGUGCAAAAGGCAAUGGAAUAUAAGGGCUGGGCAGACACACUCUUCCUUAUACAGUUUUCACUCUCAUGUGUAAUGGGGUUUAUUCUGAUGUAUUCAACAGUACUUUGCACUCAGUAUAACUCUGCCCUUACAACUACAAUCGUUGGUUGUAUUAAGAAUAUAUUAAUAACCUACAUAGGAAUGUUCUUUGGAGGAGAUUAUAUUUUCACAUGGACAAACUUUGUAGGGUUAAAUAUCAGUAUUGCUGGAAGUCUGGUGUAUUCUUACAUCACCUUUACGGAAGAGCAAAUGAACAAGCAGUCCGAAGCUAGCAUCAAGAUGGACAUUAAAGGGAAAAGCUCUGUAUGACAAAAGGGUUACUUAUCGAAUGUAACUCUUGCUCUACAGCAAUGAUUGCUGACAAAUCAGUAGAAUAUGCAGUAUCUGUGAAUGGAACUAUAUGAGUACUUCGCAUUUGCACAAUCUGAAGAUUGCUGCCUUUUAAAAAGAGGAUUAGAUAUUUAUAACUGACUGCACAAAAAAUGUACAGGUGGUUAAUACCAGGCUGCAAGGAUUUUUUUUAAAAAAUAUCGAACCAUCUGGGUCCAAAUACUUCUAAUGCCACAGUAUUAAUAAUUUUGGGUCUAACAAGAACAUUGCUAGCUAGAGUUGGAUCCAGCAAGAAAAUAUGUCCUAAAUAUUUCAGAAUCAAGUGGGACUACUGGGCAAAUGCUCAUGACUUUCACUUGCCAAAAAGCUCAAUCUGAACUGCAGUUUCUCUAAUGUCACUCAAGUUGGUAUCAAUGAAAUGUAAUUCAAAAUGAGGUUGUUUUCCAUAUUUCAUUGGUGUGUGUGCGUGUGUCUUUGUCUUCUGAGGCAUAGCCUUUUCAGCAAUUGGUAGCAAGGCUAUCUUGUCUAUAACUGUAGUCACAAAGGGUGCAAUUUUGAUGAAUUUGGGGCUUAUCUAUGUCACAUUGAAAUUAAUAGCUUCUCUACACAUUGUUAAGCACUUGAGUGGCAUUAAAUUCAAUGGUAUUUAGGUGUGUACCUUGUCAGAAAUUCUGGCUUUAAGUCUUCAUAGAACAGUAAGCAGCUGUUCCAGACAAGGAUCUAGCAAGCAUAGGAGCAUUUUUCAAAAGAACAAGGGUUUGAAUGUGAAAUACAAAAUACAAUGCUAAAAUGUACAUCCUACUCAUGGGUUUACACACCCAUGUUAAGUGUUUUCUAUGUAUGGUGUAAACUUUGCAAAUCUUGAGUUCUUCAGAGCUUAAAAUUUGAUCUAAGAUUCCAUACAGAAAAAAUCACUUGCCAAUUUACCAGAAAAGCCAUCUCACUGCCUUCUCUAACCCAUCCCCCACCAGCUUUCCAUCAUUAUAAACUCAUGACAAGAGAGAAUAAUCAAUCAAUUAAAAAAGAUAUAGAAAGAGCAAAAGAAAAGCAAGUUUAGUCAAUGAAAAGAAAAGUUAUGCCAAUCCAAAACCAAGGGGACAUGGAUAGGGCUCAGUUCUAAAACAAAAUCAAUGAACUUCUGCCAAACUAUACUUCUCUAUUAAAUAUUUUUUUUCUUUCCUACAGUGCUCCAGUGUGAUUUCCAUCUAUUGAUCAAUAAGGCAAGAGGCCAAUAUUGCCAAUGCUAUUCUUCCUCUCCAAAAAAACACAUUAAAUCUACAAAUUGCUAUAUUUAGAAAGCACCCAAAAUCAAAUGGUUAAAAGAUAAGGAUAGUGCAGUAGAUAGGGUUAUAACAAAGGUUUACUAUCUCAUGCACCAAUUAAUACUUAGGGAUGGCUGUGCUGCAUCUGGACAGGAUUUGCCUUGAUGGCUGGACCUUGAUGGCAGUUGGCUACACCUAAGAAAAUAAAUAUGGGAUCGACAGGAUCAAAGCAGAAUCUUCCAAUAAAUCAAGUACAGAUUAUGCCAUUCACCGAAGGGGGCAGCCUCGGUAGACCAUGCAAGUUCUAAAUAAUUGCCUUAUCCCUAUGGAUAUUUAUAAAGCACAACAGCUGUAUGAGGUAUUAUAUUACAAGAAAUAACAUAAUUAAAAGAGAGAUUCUAAAGUACUGUUAUUUUCAAGCCCAAAUUUUAAAAUCUAGUAAAGCUACAAUUGCACAUAUUGCCAAGUUACCCUUUAUUCCUCCUGAAGCUGUAGAAAGAACAUUAAAUUUUUUACUCAAAACGCUGAGACAGUGAAUGGAUUGCUUUUCCAUGGCAGUCUUUCCAUAACUUUACACUGCCUUCAUUACAGAUACUCCCCUCAGAGGUCAGCUAAAUGUGUGAAAGGGGGCCUGAGCAAGUACUAACUGAUUUUUCAGAGUGACUUGGCAGUCAAAACUACUAAAGUUGGAGUCUUGAUGAACAUUUAGAGAAAGUGAUGGCAGUGCCACCCAGCUCUCCAAAGUUAUUAGUAAUAUUAUAUAUUAAAAUGAAGUUAUUUGUAAUACUUCCAUCUGCUGCUUCCACUUACCCUGCCACAGAAAUUUGUGCAGCAACAGGGUGAAAAAUGCUUUAGAAAGGAAAAUGGGCAGCGUGAUAGCAGAAAGGGGCCAUUUGUUUUAUACAUAGUCCUUUUGCUGCCAUUGCCAUGGCAUGUUGGCAAUUUUCCAUUUUAAAGGUUUUUUCCAUCUGCCACAAGUGGGGGUUGUGACAGGGCCGGGUCUGGGGCACACAGGGGCUACAGGUCGUGUAUUACCCACUCCUCAGUAUUAAGGCAUCAGAUAUGUUCCACUUUAUUUUAUACCCAGAGAAUCACCAAAAAAUUCUGUUUAAUCAGGGAUGGGAUAUGUGUUUCAAGAUCUACAAGCAACAGAAGCACUUAAUACAAUAUAAGUAGGAGCCUAAAUCCAAUUCUUACCACUCUAAUUAUGUGCUGCCUGUCACAUCACACGCUAGUACAAUUAAAGCUAGGUAAAAAAGCAGGGGUUUUAAUGGGGCAGCCCUGUUUGAUACCCCUUGACAGAUGAAUGGGAUCUAAUUCAACAGGUAAUAAUUUUACAGACUAAACAUAUGGUGGUAGAGUAACAACAAAGAGUUGUAUAAAGGCUAGUGGUAAUUUGUGGAAGCAUGAUACAAAAACUUCCAGUGUAGUUUGCCAAGCCUUUCCCUGUAUCCCCAGGGAAAGUGCCUUUAACAGCAAGAACAUAAAAAAAACCUUGCCAAUACUACUUGUUCCCUAGCUGGAGGGGAUUAAUCUUGUUCAAGUUGAAUGUAAGAAACGGAGCUGUCUCUGGACAGCCAGAUUAAUUAAUACACUAUACACACCUAACUUUCCCUGGACUGCACACUAAUUCAUACAUUUAAGAUUGGAUGUAUCAUUUUCCUUCAGUGUCUCAAGUCUCAUUUAGAAAUAUGCCAUGUUGAAGGAAAUUUGGUGAUAGUAGCUAAGCAGACUGUAAUAUUUGUUUUGUGUGUGUGUGUGUGAGAUCCUUCUGCUACUUGCUCAUCUAUUAUUUCUACAGUGCUUAAGCUGUGCUUUGCAAUAAAGUCUGCAUUCAGUCCCAUUGAUACCCAAGGGACUUUGCUAGGUUGGAGAGGCAAAUGCGCAUUUGGAACCCUAUGCUGGGGAAGGAUAUGGCUUGUGGGGCUGGAACAUAUAAGCAGUGGGCAGAGGAAGGAUUUUUGCACCCUCUUAACUGCUCAAAAUUCCCCCUCCCCACGCUUCUUUUCCUUAUGAAAGUAUUUGUGUGUAACGUGUAGUUAACCUCUUAAUUGGCUUAUGGAUGAAUACUAGAGAGAAUCAGCUUACAGGCAUGGCUGUGUAAACUCUAUAACAAUAAUAAUAAAACUCUAUACGCAGUCAAUCCAGAUUCUGCACCAAGAAAGGCUGAAUUAUGUGAAAAUGAUAAAUUAUCUUUAUCCUGCAGUACGUACUACGUUGCAUAAGUAGACUGGUUUUACUUGUUGGUGGAGAAGCAAGGAAUAAAACUAGGUAGUACUGUCUUUUGAGAUUGUGGAGGGAAAUGCCUACAAGCAUAUUUUCACAGUCAAAGUCUAGAAAGUUUCAAGGAGAUGGAGCCAUUACCAUAUUCUUUCUCUGUAUUCCCCAUGGAAUUGGUUAUAUGUUCAAGUCUGUUUAUAAGCUAAAUCAGAAGAACAAUGUGAUAUGUGUGAUUAAAAAAACCCAUAAUGUUCCGAGUAGUUGAUGAUCUUUUUCAUCUGUUGCCAAUCCAUCUCUUGUAGUGCUUAGAAUUUGAAUAUUCCUUUUCUAAAAGGAAUAUCCUUAAAAGGGGGAUAAAUCAAGGAAAUUUUUAAGAUCAAGGGAGUUGUGCAAUGAUAAUCCAACACUCACAUUUUGGUCUUUAUCUUGUUUUUGAGGAUUGUUAAAAAAGCCAGUAUUUGAGGAAGGGAAGUGCUAGUUCAUACAGUCUAUGUCAAGGAUGCAGAACAUCCGGACUAUGGGCAGAAUUAGACCUGCCAAUUCAGUGUGCAAAGGCCUCAAGCAAGGCCCUGUACCCUGGAGAAGAGGGGCAGGAGAGAAACUGAGCUGCAGCAUUGAAGGGUACUCCUCAAGGCACUGGCUGAGUCUACUUUGCUCUCCCUCACCUUCUCCAGUUGAUUCAGGAUUCAGCUGGUGCCUGUGUACUUGAAUGGAAUACUUGGAGGAACGCUUUAGGCAUGAGCCAAGUGAUUUUCUCUGUGUAGAGAGGCAUGUCUCUGUAGUUCUUUAUGGAAUAAGGGAAAACCAGGCUGGCUGAGGCCAGGAGGGAGGGCUUCAGGAAAAUGCUACCCAGCCAGGGGGCUGGGGUCUUCCCUGUUUCAGCUAGCAGACCCUCCCCCAAACCACACUUUAAAUGUCUGAGGACUGUUUUGGAGCAGCAAAGUUUGAGAACCCUUGUUUGAUUGUCAUGGAAAUCCAUGGUUGGAAGUGCUUUGUGCAAACUUGGAUCUCAGACAUUUAUUAAAGGUUGAGAACAGGAUAAACCAUGUCCUUGAAUAUUAGAGACCCACCUCGCUAUCUGAAGUUGACAUAUCAUACCACUUCUAUGGUUUAAUUUUAAAUACCACAUUCCCAUCCAUUGACUUAGCAUGUGGUGUGCAUUAUGAGUCUGAGUUGCAUUUUUCAUACAUAAUUAUUUUGAAACAAAUUUACCUUUGCAGAGCCUGAAAUUCUGUUGGGCUCUUGUAUUUUCUAGUAGAGAAAGAGAGCAUGUUCAAUUCUGGCAUUUUCAGUUAAAAGUUUCUUGGGCAGCAGGGUUAAGACAGCCAUCUACUUAAGAUUGUGGAGAACAUGGAAAUUUUCUUGCUGUGAAUUUAUAUACUCAGAGACUCCCAGAGGGCAUUCCUUAUCCUUGGGAUUGCGCCUCCCUGUGGUGGUUGUAGGCAGGGCCAAACCUGGUCUUUAGGGGGAGGAGCCACCUACAUCUCCCAGACCGUACUGACAGAAAUGAGAACCCUUCAACCCUGUAGCUAGAAGGUAAUAACAAAGAACUGCACCCAACAGGAGUAAAUGUUAAGCCACUGAUACGCAAUAUUGAACUCAAAUCCAGAGAGUUGGAUGGGAAAGGAACGGAUUCCAAGUCCCCUGCCUGCCUCUAUACAUGCAUGGUGCAGGCAGAAGCCAUAAUCACCCCAGCCACAACUCAUGGCACUGAUCUUGCAAGGGCAGAUGGAAUGCCAUCUGGGAAUUGCUGAAAGCAGAUUUGCUCUAAGUAAAUUUCUGUUUUCUUCAGAGGCUUCCAGAGAGCAUUAUUUAUCCUUGGGGAAUAGCACAGCCAUUAGGGAGGGCCACUGAAGAUUCAGUGCCUUGAGGACCCACCACUUUCUGCAAAAUAUUUCUCCAAAAUGCAACAUUUGCAGAGGAUGCCGCUCAAUAUUUCGUGAAGGUGAGCACUGAAACCCAAGUUGCAGCCUUACAAAUGUAUUAAGAGUGGAAAACCCCUAUGAAACCUCAGGCAUAGCUGCCAUCUGGAAAGAAUAAGCCAUGACCCACCCACCCACCCACCCCAGGAGAUUUUCCCUAUAGCCUUGUAUGCCAAGGAAACACACUCUUUUAGCAUCUAGAAAUUGUGAACUUCCAAGACUUUCUGUCCCAGUUUGGUAGGAUGAAUGGACACAAAAAGUGACUUAAGCCCCUAUGUUCAGUUCUCCUAUUCAAAUAAAAUCUAAAUGCCCGUUGCAUCUCCAGGGUGUGCCAACUGUGUCCCAUGGUGCGAACAGGACUAGGGUGAAAUGGUGGGAGACAAACUUGAGACCUAUGAAUCACUGAAUUAACUUUCAGAACAAAAGAUUGGUCAGUCUGAAGUAUGACCUUGUCAAUGUGAAAAACAUAGUUGGGGGUCAGCUGAGAGGGCCUCAAGUUCCACACGCGCCACACAAAAGUACUAAGAACACAGUUUUAGGGUUAGUAAUUUCAGAGAGCACUUAGCUAUAUGUUCAAAGGAGCAACCCAUGAGAGCUGUCAACACCCAAUUACAGUUGUAUAUUGGAAAACAAUGGACAACAUGUGGAUUUAACAGAAAAAUCUAAGAAAAUGCUUCAGAUCUGGAUAGGUUGAGAGGGGUUUUGCUGAUGAAUCAGUACAUGCAAUAUUGAAUGAGCUGGAUGAGUGUUGUUAGCAUAAACUAGGUUCUUACGUUCAGAUUUGCAAGACCACAUGGACUGCAAAUUAGGUGAUCAUAAUCUUAAAAGAGCUGUGCUAUAGUUUAUUCUACUGUGAAUCUUUGUUGUGCACUAAAGCUGGAAUUCUAUACCCCCUUACCUGGGAAUAACUCCAUUGAGCACAUUGGGACAUACUUUUGAGUAGACAUACCUAGGAUUGCAAUCUAAGUAACUUAAAAUGCACUACAUUGAACUUUCACCAUGUAACAUACCAACUGAAUUGUGUUCCGGUUUGAAAGCAAACAUUUGGUUCUGCAUCUGUUUAAUUUUGCACAAAAAUUGUUGAGUUACCCCCCUUUUAAGACUAAGCUGUAAGUACAUGAUUGGAGUAAGGAAUUGUGUAUCUCUUUUUUCAAAUGUCAUUGCUGCAGAGCAGCGUCUUUCAAGUAAAUCCAAUAUAUGGGCUGCAUGUGGCUUGCACUGCCACCAAAUUUCCCAUUGUGGCAAAUUUGGGUUCUGCAGAGUGAGGAUUGGCAACUGGAUCCCUAGAAAUUGCCCCCUGAUUUAUGGGGAAAACCAACACAACCCUUUAAAAUGUAUUCACUUACUUGUAGUAUGGUGUCAUGCAGGGUCAUGUCUGUUAAACGUUAAGGCUCUAGCAUCCAUGUGUGGGAUUACUUACCAUGCAAGCUUUCUUGCUUUGUCAACUUUUUCCCUUGCAUCAGACAACUGCCAAAAACUACCAACUGAAAAAAACUCAUUCACAGAGAAUUUAUGCAAGUAUUGUCUGUGUGGAUAUGUAGUUUUGCGUGGUCUUAUAGCAGAAUAAGUCUGGUUUGACAAGUUCUGAGGCAUCAGUCACAAAUUCUUGUCAGUCUGCUGUACUGAGGCAGUUGCUCUCAGGGUACUUGUUAGAGAGAAUGUUACUUUUUAAUCUACUGGGUAGAUUUACUGUCAUGUAAAAUAGCUUGAAGUGCAUUUGCAUUUUGUAAAAUGUACACUUUUUAGUGCCAAGUUCCAGAAGAUUACUUACACUGGGAAGGUAAACAAAAUUACUAGUUUAUUUUCUAUGCUAUUAAUCUUUAUUUUUCUUAUAUGGAAUUUAUUUACAAGAUUGAGCAUUCUAGUAUUAAGGGUAAAGUUUUUUUAAUUGUAUGUUCUGUAGACUUUAUAUAUUGUAAGUCAGAUGACACCAAAAAAAUUUAUGUACAUAUGUAUUUUUGUACUGGCUUAAAAAUAAAUUGAGACAAUUUCUCCAUG